AUGUCGUCGUACUAUUUCAGCAUAAUAGGGACACGCGACAACCCGUUAUACGAAGUUGAGUUUUCAUCGUUCAAAAGCUCGUCUUCGUCUUCCUCGACACCUCCAGGCAUAUCCCAGUUCACAGACUCAGUUAAAGAAAUACUACCGUUUGUGUCCAACUCGUCUUUGGAUCUCAUAGAAGAUGCUCAAUGGUCUACGAGUCAAUUCAAUCUUGGUAGAAUAGACUCGUUCUACGGCCUUCUAGUUUACGCAUUUAUAACACAGGGCAACAUUAAGUUCAUUCUCUGUUUCGAAUCGUCUACUACCAAUAAUGGAAAUGUAACCCAGAAAUACGACGAAAACUCUAUAAAGCAGUUCUUUAUCGAGAUUAAUGAUUUAUAUGUGAAGUGCUUGUUGAAUCCAUUCUAUGCAGUGAACGACGCCAUCACAUCACCGGACUUUGAUCUCAAAGUCAAACUUCUAGCCAAGAAGUACCUAUAG